AUGACUUUAUUUAGAUUUUUUUUAACUUUCUGCUUCUUCUUUUUUACUGUGUACAGUAAACCAACAGGCGAACAUCUGCGUAACAUGGACAGCUUCAUCCGAGCUGUGGAGCAGGUCGAAGACUCCAAUCCCGGCCUGUCCAGCCUGGCUCUGCUCAGGGCCCUGCGCCGGACGGCGGGCCACGACGAUCAGAUGACCAUCCACUACCUGGGUGCAUCGAACAACCUGACCGGGACCGAGUUCCUGGAGACGGCCAUCCUCAACGCCACCUCCUUCAGCUUUUUUGACAAGGCCAUCCACCACAUCGUGACGGACUACGGAGAGGAGCGAGGGGUGGUCCUGGCUCAGGACGGCACCACCGUAGCACUCGCGCCGUUGCUGCUGGGAAUUGAGUCGGGACUCAAAGCCUUGAUGGAGGGGGCAACGACCGACGGGCUUUUCCCGCUGACCCUGGGCCGGACGUUGGGCCUGUCCUUCCUCAGCCUCCAGGACUUCCCGCCCUCUCACCGCCUGGGGCCCAACGGGUGCUGGGACAGCGUGGAGCGCCCCAAGGUGUUCAAGCUGUCCCGGCCUGCCACCCUGGCCACAGACGCCAUCAUAAAUGGAGGCAUGGAUGGAGCCAUCCUGGGCAUUCACCUCAGCAAUCUGUCUUCCUCCGGACAGCCACAAAGCCUCAGCAAGAUCCUGAAAGGAUACUACAGUUUCUCUCUACAAGCGGGGCAGGGCCUCGACGCCAUCACCGCCAACGUCAGCCCGAAGAGGAGAGAGCUGUCCAGGGCCGUGCUGGAGUCCCUCGACCUUCACAGCCGGGUGAUGGAGACCCUGUCGCUGGUGUGGAAGCUGGAGAAGACCGAGUGGAUCGCUCUGGACACCGGCGUCGGGAAGGCGGUGGCCGAAGGACUGAAGCUGUUUGUUCACAAGUACUGGGACUGUCCUCAGAUCAUCACUCGCUGUCAGUGGGGGGCAAAAUCUUCCCGGAACACACCGAAUCCGCUGUCUCUUCCGCUUCACUUCCUCUACGUUCACCACACCUACCAGCCGUCAGCGCCUUGCCUGACCUUCAAACACUGCUCUGGAGACAUGAGGGCCAUGCAGCGCUUCCACCAGGACGACCGCGGCUGGGACGACAUAGGAUACAGCUUCGUGGUCGGCUCUGACGGGUACGUCUAUGAGGGGAGGGGCUGGAACCACCUGGGCACGCACACCAGAGGCCACAACUCCGUCGGGUACGGGGUGUCGAUCAUCGGCGACUACACCUCCACCCCGCCGUCCCGCCACGCCAUGGACCUGCUGCGUCACCGACUGGUCAAGUGUGGGGUGGAUGGAGGGGGCCUGGUGGCAAACUUCACCAUCCAGGGACACAGGCAGGUGGUGAACUACACCGCCUGCCCUGGAGAUGCCUUCUUUGCUGAAAUAAGAAGCUGGGAGCACUUCAGGGAAUGACAGGACCACCGCUGUUAGGUUGAGUUUGGUACAUUCGUAAUGUAGGUCACUGUUUUUUAAAACGCGGGAUGGGCCUCCCCUGGUGGGGCGCCACAGAGCUGCACACGCUCAAAUCCUGGGGCCAGAGCAAUGACAGUAAAACUAGUAAUUGUUUUUUAUUAAAACAUACUUUUCUUUUUUAAUUUAUGCCUUUGUUAGAGACAAAUCAAAACUACUUUCAAUUAAAAAAAACAAAACAAAACAUCAGUCUGUAUAUAAAAACUCAAAAGAUAUUUUAAAUUAAAGAAUCUGACAUUCAAGAGAGGAUACAAGUUUUGUUGUUGCUUAUGAACCCAAACAGCCGUUUUAAAAUAACGUAUGAUGCAUAAAGUCUGGCAUUAAACCAAAAACCCAGCAUCAGAGCGACGCACGAGUUUGAGCAGGAGGCAUUCAGACAGGAUCAUCAGGUGGAAAUCCUAAAAUUGUUGCAUGAUCAUCUACUUUUUGGACAUUUAGGUGUUAAUAAAAUUUAUAAUCAUGACUUGAGGUGUUUUUUCUGACUGUCAUGAACUGGAGCAGCACGGAGACUUGUCAUAUGUGUAUGCAAAGCUUUGGUAAAUCAAACCGUGCCAGAUUCAUGUCUCGUGAUUUUGUGCAAACAGUGAAACAACCGAACAUCCCUAAAAGUCCCUGAGUUUUAGUCCAGUAGGAUCUGUUUUUGCACACGCAGUGCAGGACAGUCUGCAGGGGAUGAGUCGUCCAUAACAAAAGAAGCAAAUAACAUUGUGUGAGUUUGAUUGAGCUACAGAGAUGUGAGAGGAAAAGUUGUGGUUCAGGACAAGUCAAGCUGGCUCGUUGGAAGGAUGGAUGUGUUCUGCCAUUUUUGGGUUCCGUCUUCACACGAUGAGCCUCACUGCUUCUUGGUGAUGGUGGUUUACUACAGAAACUUCUCCGAUCAAAACAACAAAACAAAGCCAUUUCCCCUGGUGUGAUGUUCAUAGUGUUUGUGUUACAAUGUGUUCUGGAAUUUCCCAGUUUGGGAUUAAUAAAG